UCAAGUGAAUAUCUAUGCGCAUUUACAUGGCCCAAAGAUUUUUCAAAACUCGGGUGUAUAAACAAGCAUCAACGCUUACUAUUUAAAUUGAAAUAAUCUGAAUAGAAUUAAUACGGACAUAUUGAAGUCUCUUUUAGGCUUCAAAGUAUUAUGUCAAACAUUUUUGGCUUGAUCCGAUAAAAAAAAAAAAAACAUCAAAACAAUGAGGGCUCGAACUCUCGCUCGACAACUCGAUCCCAUAUGACUCGAGCGGAAACACCGCAAAAUGACCGGUGACGUCACAGUGCGAACGUCACGCCGCCAAGCGACGAAUUGGGUAGCAGAAAGUUUGUCUCUUCAAGCCGCCCGUAAGAACUGGACUUCUAUGUACUAUGUUCCCAUUAAUGCCUGGACCUGGACCUAUCAUAAUGCAACUUGAACGGUCGGUAACAAUUGAUAGAUCCAGGCCCGUGGUCCAGGCAUUAAUGUAUAGUACCGUACGUCUGAAUUCGUUGCUAUGGUACACGUGCGAAUGUCCUUACUGCUUUUGUAAGGUCGUUAAAGUGUUUUUUUUGCUAAAAGAACCUAUUUCUUCUUUCGGACAUCAUGGAAACUAAAAAAAACUUGAACGAACUGCAAACUUAACCUGUUAUUCUUGUCGAUUUCAAUAUCUAUUAUUGCUAUACCUCGAUUAAUCCUGUGCAUUUUCGUCUGUGUAAAUGGAAAAAAUCAAACCUGUAUAUAUCAACGAAAAAAUUUGCGAGUGCGAAAGGUUUUUUUCAACAUAACCUGCUCUUCAUUCCAAGAUCGAGCUUUCCCGACCAACUCUCAGUGUGAAUCUAUUUCUCGAUUUCUUUAUCUUGACAAAAUGACAUUAUUUCGCGUUAACAACCGGCCAAUGAGAUUCCAUCUAGUUGAUCUAGAGGAUAAAGAGCGCGCGUUUAUAGAAGACAUAAUAAAGAAUCUUGGUGGAGUCGUUACAGAUGAUUAUAAAUGCUUAGUAAAAUUCACAUCACGGAAAGCAUACGGGUAUCAUCGCUACCCGAGAGCCCAAAUCUAUGAUGUUGAGUUCAUUAAAGAAUGUAUGAUUGCGCAAAUGAUUGUAGAACCACAUCAAUUCAGAUUAAGCGCACACUGUCCUGAUGACGAUUACAUCAUGGAACAUUUUCUAUAUGGCGGAUGCUCCAUGGACAGGUGCAACACUACUUUGAGGAAUAACGAUCAGCACCGAGUAGGCAUGUCAAACAAUUCAGAAACCACGACUCGACCAGCAACGGACUGUGAGGAGGACAAUUUAACAUCACAUGCAACUAACGAGACCAUGUAUACAGCCCUUUCAAGAGAAGACUCAAUACCUGUCGCGGAGAAUUAUGUGGACGAGUCCCAAGCAGUGGUUCUCGCAUCGGACUUGAAAAUUUACCAACCAAUUUUGGCAGGCGGCGAUGCGGCCAAAGAAACGUUGUAUCACGAAAAACAGCCGUGUAAUGUGGAGUAUGAAUUAGAAGUAAAACCAAAAAUGGCAGUACUUGAGAAAGAGAGGAGGGAACUGGCUUUGAAAAACAACGUAGAGAGAACCAACUCAACUCUCAUUGAAGACGCGGAAAACGUGGAUCCAGAGCUCGUUUCGAUAAAGGAAGAACCAAUUGUUGACCUUACGAGUAGUUUCGAUAGUCCAGACACAAAGAUGUCAGUAAAGUUGGAAAAAAGUCCUGGCGAUAUAAUCUCAGCGUCUCAGCAGUUGUCAACCAUCAGUGAUUCGGAUUGGAUUGAGACAAAAACUAACUUGUCAAAGAAAAAUGUUACGACAAAGUUUGCCAAUGCUGCGAUACUCGCUGAGCACAUGAAAGCAAAGGAUGAAAUUCCAAAUUAUCCUGAGCGAUCAGAAGAUGUGAACGUCUGCUACAGAGGCUUAAAAGGUGCAACUAAACCGUCGGAAAAUGCAAGAAAACCGUCUCCGUCACAAGCAUUGAAACGAAAACUUGUGUAUGAUGAAGACAGUUUAAUUUCUUUAAAAAAAGAAGCGUCCAGGUUUCUCGAAGACGAAGAAUAUAUUGAAUACUCUUCUGACAGCUCGCUUAUAGACCCUUUAAAUGAAACCCGAUCGAGGAGAAAAAACUCUCGCAGGCAAGAGCAAGACUAUUCACAGAGCAGAAAGAAAACCUCCGAGAAGGGUCCGACGAGGAGACGGUUUGAGGAAAGGGAGAGCGAAGCCGGCCCGAGCGGCAUUCGGAAUCCCGAAAGCGAUCACCGUCAUGAGCUUGAUGACGAUUUCAAUGAUGACGACGACGACGACGACGACGACGACGAUGCGUGGGAUGCUCCAUCCGAAUGUCACUGCAAUGCCAGAAAAGAGCUGACGGGAUCGAGAGUUCGGAUAUGGCGUGCCGGUUUAACAGCCGAUAUGGGAGAGCGAGAUCCUGGUGUGAGGGGCAGCCCAUUCAACGUCAGCGAACAAGAAAUAAUGAUAAAAUAUUUGCUUCAAAAUGGCAAAGUCCGUUACGCGAAGGGAUUAAUUGUAUGGAAGCAGCUGAUCCAUGACGGGUUGUUGCCGCAUAGGACGCCGCAGUCGUUACACAAUCACUUUACAAAAAUUAUCCUUCCAAAAAUUGAAAAUUUCAAAAAAUUAACUGCCGUUGAGCUGCAACUAUUUUUGAAUUUAAGGAAAGAGAAAAGACGACGCAAACAAUAAAAGUUGAGAAAAAUAUUUAAAAAAAAGAACUCAACAUAUAUAUUUUUUCACAUAAAAAGUAUUAUUUAUUCAAUUUAUUGUUUUUUGUUUUAUCCGUCGGUUAAGUACAUAACGCCGCGUUUUCAUUGCUACUUUAAGUAAGAGUUCUCUAGUCGAGAUUUCGCCACGAACUCGUGACGAGCAAUUACGUAUGGCCAAUAAAUAAGUUUAAGCCUUGUCUGAACGAGCUCUCGAUUGAAAUUCAAAAAGAAUCAAAGCUUUAAAAACAUGAAAAAAUAUAUAUAUUUUUUUUAUUUUUCUUUUUUAGUCAUGAGUUUUUCAAUGAAAUGUUGAACUCGCUAAAGAGCGCAUAAAAACGAUUGCGACAGAGUCGUUCAAGACUUUUAACAAUACACAUCGUGUUGAUCGAGAAGAAAGCCCUUGAGAAUGAGAGAGUGGUAUAAAAUGAAAACGAUUGUUCUUAAAAGUGUAUUAUUGGAUUAAAGUUUUGGAAAAUUUGAUCAACAA